CAAGCCAGUCGAAUCACGUAUGGUGGGCACCUCAAUCCCCGUUCCUAUCUGAUAAUAAUGCAUGUCUUGUGAUUGAUUUUAUCCUAUGGCGUUCUACCAAAUUCACACCUAGGUCCCAUAACAAUUUCCCGUUGCCAUGGUUUCGCCAUUCCAUAUUUAUGCUAGUAGCAUUACGAGUAUGUAGAUUACAUCGGAGAGACAUUCGCGGGAGCCAUCGCGUUGGCGAACAAUAGGCGGUGCCUUGCGGAGCUCUGACAACCGCGUCUUGCUUUUUGUGUGGUUCUACUGAUGAGGAGAGCCUAGCAUAAUGCGGAUCGCCAUAAUUUUCGUGGUAGGAGCUCUUCUCCUGUGCGCCGACGGGCACAGGGUUCCCGUUAAGCGGGAAAUGGAAGAAUCGGUACGGGAAGAAGACAUGGCGGCGCUACGCGAACUGAGCCAACUCCUUGAAAGGCUGCCCAAGGUUGACGAGGGGGAGCGAAAGAGGUACAAAGAGGAGGAAUAUGAGCCAAUGUACAAGAGAGGAAGUGACGAAGAGGAAGAGCGAAAGAGAAACAAGGAAAAGGAGUACGAACCAAUGUACAAGAGAAGCAGUGAAGAAGAAGAAGAGAGAAAGAGACACAAAGAGGAGGAAUUCGAACCAAUGUACAAGAGAGGAAGUGAGGAAGAAGAAGAGGAAGGCGAGGAGCGAAAGCGCCACAAAGAAGAGGAAUAUGAAGCCAUGUACAAGCGGGGAAGUGAAGAAGGAGAGGAGCGAAAGAGACACAAAGAGGAGGAAUUCGAACCCGUGUACAAGAGGGGAAGUGAGGAAGAAGAGGACGAGGAGGAGGAGGGGGAACGAAAGAGACACAGAGAGGAAGAAGAAGAGGAGCGUAAGAGAAACAAGGAGAGCGAGUACGAACCCAUGUACAAGAGGGGAAGUGAAGAGGAGGAAGAACGAAAGCGACACAAAGAGGAAGAAUUCGAGGCCAUGUACAAGAAAGGAGACGAGGAAGAAGAAGAGGAGGAGGAGCAAAAGAGACACAAAGAGGAGGAAUACGAACCCAUGUACAAGCGGGGAAGUGAAGAAGAGGAAGACGAAGAGGAGAGAAAGAGACACAAAGAGGAGGAAUAUGAGCCCAUGUACAAGAAGGGAAGUGACGAGGAAGGUGAGGAGCGGAAGAGACACAAAGAAGAAGAAUACGAGCCGAUGUACAAGAGGGGAAGUGAAGAGGAAGAGGAACGAAAAAGAAACAAGGAGAGGGAGUACGAACCCAUGUACAAGAAAGGAAGUGAAGAAGAAGAACAGGAAGAGGAGCGAAAGCGACAUAAAGAGGGGGAAUACGAACCUAUGUACAAGAGGGGAAGUGAGGAAGAAGAGGAAGAGGAGCGGAAGAGACACAAGGAGGAGGAAUUCGAACCCGCGUACAAGAGAGGCAGUAGUGAAGAAGAAGACGAAGAAGAGGAACGAAAGAGACACAACGAGGAGGAAUAUGAACCCAUGUACAAGAAAGGAGACGAGGAAGAGGAAGAGGAGGAGAGAAAGAGAAACAAGGAGGAAGAAUUCGAGCCCACGUACAAGAGGGGAAGUGAAGAAGAAGAAGAAGAGGAAGAAGGAGACGAGCGAAAGCGACACAAAGAAGAAGAAUUUGAGCCCAUGUACAAAAGAGGAAGUGAGGAAGCGGAGGAAUUGGAGGAGCUCCGCAAGCUUCUGGAAAAACGAGAGGAAAAGCGGAAGAGGCACAAAGAAGACCUAUCAGAGAUAUAUCGUAGACAAGACGAAGCUGGAGAUGGCGGAGUGAGAGAGGCGCUUGAAGAGGUGAAGAAGGGAUGGUGGAGUGGAGGGAAAACGCAGUUUGGCAGCAACGGGGGCUGUGCGGGAGUCGGAGGAAGCUGCAAGAGCAACGCUGACUGCUGCUCCAAGAGCGAGUGUGUCCCCGUGCAGAACUCAUAUUAUCGCCGUGAGGGCUAUUGCAUGCCCACCUGUAAGACAUGCGGGAAGGAGACAGCUGCGUGUUCUGUUCGUGUCCGCAGGGCCUGAGAUGCAGCGACGUCGUGCAGGGAGGCAAAAUCCGCUUCGUGUGCGACAAGCAAUUCUCAGCACGAGAAGCCAGGGGCCACUUGGGUAAGUUAGAGUGUCUGGAUGACCGUGACUGCAGGAAGAGAGGCGGCAGGUACUGUUUCAAGCACCUGACCUUCCCGUUGUCUUCCCGCUGUAUCGGCAUGUAGACAAGCAGCUGAACAAUUCUACUGAAACUUACGCAGUUCAUCGAUCACAUCGGUUUAAGACACAGAACCAGGCCAUUGCUGAUGAUAUAUGUAUAACGAUAUGUAUAUAUAUAUACUUCAGCGGAAAUCUGCAAGAUUUGACUCUAUGCUGACUGUAUUGGAUAUUGGUUUUAUUAAGUGUGCUUGUGUAAUCGUGUGCUUCUUGUGUAAGUGUGUUCCCAAUACGGAUCUCGAUGUACUAGCAAUAAUGACCUCAUGUGAAUCAUGAGAGACGUCAGAUAUAAAAAAAAUGUAUUGUUAUUCAAGUCAUAGACGUAACGUAUUACUUAAACCUUUCAAAGUAACGGAGAUUUCUGCCUCAACAUAUGCGGAACUCGAAGAAAUAUGGCAGCAUCCGAAUGUGUAUGAAAAAUGUGCUUGUUUUCAUGCAUUUGAUGGACGAAGUUUGCUGCAUAUAUACCAUAGUUCAUGAGUCACGAUUGGUGAUGAUGAAGUCAUGAAUCGUACAUUCUACUCAUGAUGUGCAACAUCUAAGGAUAUUUUACAAGAGUAUCGAGAGAGAUAUCUUGGGAACAGCAUGUUUUGUCAUGAUAAAUAUUCAAGAACAUCUACUGCAGCCGCAGCAGCAUUCGUAAUCAGAAAACUAGAAAACAUGAACAGUCGUGGACGGGAAUAAGUAACUGGAUUUAUGACGAAUUAACACACGAGCGUGUCUAUGCAUGUUAAGAGAAGACUGAUGUAGUAAAAAAAGAUCUGAAUCA